UUUGUGAAAUCUAUUUUAUAAUUCAAUCUUACUGUGAGUAGCAUGGUUGUCCAGAAAGCCAACACCAUGGAUACAAAGUCAUACACUGGCAACUAUGAAAGUAUUGCGCAAGAUCCACUGAAACAUGUUGUUACUGUGAUUGAGAAAAAAAUAAGGAAUCUCGACAAACGAAAGGUAAAAUUGGACGGGUAUCGCAAGAUAGCAGCUGAAGGUGGUGAACUCGAUCGUGACCAAUCGUGUGCUGUAAGCAAAUAUAAUGAAGUUAUGGGAAGCCUGGAGUUUGCAAAGGAGAUUUGUAAAGCUUUCUCUGGGGUUACUAAUGAGGUUUCAAAGGCCCAGCGUAAGAUGCAACGUAGGGAACAAACAUUGAAGGAAGAUAAAGAUUUGAAAUUAAGCAAAUACAUAACAAAGGCAUUGAUGGUGUUCAACCUUGUGUAUGGUGAGGAACAUGUGAGGGAAGAUUUCAUUCAUGGACAGAAUGGGGCGGUGGUUCUCACACAAGAGGCAAUCGACCAAAUGAUUCAAUUCCAUAAAACUUGUCUCAUGAUUCCUAACGAAGCCGGCCAGAACAUAUUUGAUGGAUCUGAUAGUGCAGGGGAUCAUUUGUAUGCGUUGCAUAUCGCAAGCAACAAACCAGUGUGUGGCACAACAUACAGCGAACUACACCACCUACUGGAAGAGAUGUGUGGUUGCAAAUAUUUCGAAUGUCUUCCUAAAUCGACCAAGACUGACUUUGUAGCAGGGGAAGAUGAAGACAAAGCAAGCGAGGAGGAAACAUCCGAUUCUUCAACCAAGAAUUCAUCGCUGGCAGAAAGCGAGGACCUUGAUGACCAAGCUGAUGAAGUUGAAACCAAACUCCCAACAACAGAGUUCAUUCAAUCCGCACCCGAUGCCGCUGUAUUGGAACAACCAGAAGAGGUCCCAGAGUCGGAACCCAAGGAAUCAAAUGUGAAACCAACGCGCACGGUUGAGGAAGUAUUGGCUGAAGUGCAAGGAGAAUAUAAUUUCCUACAAGAUUCAAUGUUGGAAGGUGAACGACCAACACCGCUCCCAACCUCCCACCUCCACAUGCAUAAUAUGAAGCCACCCAUGUUCCAUGACCCCGUUAACCCAUCUUACCCCACCAACCCCCCCAACCCCUACCCCAUCACCACCAUGGACCAGCAUGAAGCAGAAAACAUGGGGAUGGGACAAACCACGUUUGGCGCAAACCAGAAGUACCAGAACAUAGAAACACCAGUAACCACGUUCAAUACAAACCAACAUUCGAAUGAAUCGUUCCAAGCAAAACAAACUAAUAGUUCAAUGCAGAAGGACAUAGGUGCAUUCCCCACUACAGGCUUCAGCACCCUCCAUGGAAGCACCAGCCCCACCCAACCCUUUGAUAUCAACUUACCCCACCAACUACUAACACCUGCAAUACCUGAAGCAUCAGUUGUGUUGCAAACCACCCCUGACCCCCCUGCUACCCACAUACCUUUACCUAAUGACAAACUAUCAGGGUACAACAGUUACAACCCCUCCCCCCCACUUGAACCAGCCAACCCAGUGGUCCCAACACCAGAACCUUCACAAGCAAGCUACACCAAUAUACCACAGAUGCCCCCUAGUGUUGGAGCAGGGGACGCGGAACGUUUACACGACAAAGAUCCGAAGAUUUAUUUGGAAGAAGGAAAGUUUGAGGAGGAAAAUCCACCGGAGGUUAAUAAUGUUGAUGCAAAACAAGAGAAGAUCUUACCGACCAAUCAGAUGCGUGGAGGGCCUCGUCAACAAGGUUAUCAAAACAAUGCUAAUUAUCGAGGAAAUAAUAGACAGAACUCAAACAUGGUGAUGUACCAACAACAACAACAACAACAGCGUGGGGGCGGAUACAGGGGAAGCAACAACCGACCGUACGGCAACUUUGACAGCAUGGGCCACCCUAAGAACUAUGCCCCGUACCAACAACACCAUAAUAUGCAGCCAUUCAACACACAGUAUAAUAGACCACCUGAGAAUGGAAUGUUUGGCAACAAUGUUCAACGAAGAGGAAACAACGGACCAAGUCGUGGAAAUAGAGGCUACCCACCCCGAGGUUCUGCCACUCGAGGCGCCAGCGUACCUACUUACACUCGCUCACGAACAUUCAAACCAACCAAUGAAACAUCAGGAUGAAGUUCAAUAGAAAUCUUAUUUUACCAAACAAUUGACGCGUGGGAAUGAAAAUAAACGAA